GCAUGCUCCGUUACGCUCAUUGUCGUCUGUAGUUUGAAACUUAGAGAAGAUAUUUCAAUGUCCAUAAGUGUUAUUAUAGCAAGAGCAAGAAAAUGAUGUCGAUAAGAAUAACUCUUGUUAUCACCUCUUGUAUGCUGACUGCUUAUUCAGCUGCUUGGAACUCCACAGAUGUCACUACACUCCUCUCCUCGUCCACUUUCACUGGCUACGACAAGCGCAUCCGUCCGCGGCAAACCCAAGCCGACGUCGUCGACGUUUACAUCAAGUUCGGAUUGACGGCCAUUACCGGACUGGACGAAAUAGGCGGGACGCUUUACCUAGUCGGUUAUUUGGACGUGACGUGGAGGGAUGACCUCAUCGCGUGGAAUACCGGGAACGUGGAUGAGAUGAUGAUGUCACACACGGACAUUUGGACCCCGGCCGUGACGCUGUAUACCUCGGUGAGUUCUCUCUCGGAACUGGGCGCUUCUGAUGACCCGGUCAAGAUUCUUAAAGACGGUACGAUAACUUGGCGACCUGGUCUGGUCAUCGAGAGCGGCUGCGCCAUUGAUGUUAGUUACUAUCCGUUUGACACUCAGACUUGUUCCAUAACGUUUCUUCCGUGGCAGUACACAAGUGAUCUUGUGCAUCUAAUGCCGAACGCCUCGAAAGUCGAUACUUCAAUUAUGCAAACUAACUCGGAGUGGGAUUUGACGGAAACGUCAGUCAAAAAUACCUCGGGUGUGUUUACAGAAGUCUCUUUUGAACUGACCAUAAAGCGUCGUCCACAAUACUUUAUUCUCAACAUGGUCCUUCCUAUAAUUCUUAUCGGACUACUAAACGGGUUCGUUUUUGUGAUGCCUUUUGAUCAAGGAAGAGUUGGUUUCAUCAUCACAGGAUUUCUCUCAAUUGGCGUGUUCUUGACUGUCGUUGCAGACGUCCUUCCCAAAUCUUCGAACCCGAUGUCUUUACUUGCGUACUUCAUCAUCUGGCAGCUCAUGCUGGGUGCGCUGUGCACACUGGAGGCCAUCCUGACGCUGAAGAUCUACCAUCGGCACGGGAAGAUGCCGCUUCCUGCGUCCCUGAAGAAGUUCCUGUCCGUCCUCUGGUGUUAUCCGUGUCGCGGGAAAAGCGUGGAGGAUGAGAAGCCGCCGAAAGGAUACACAUUCUACCGGAAGCGGUACCAGCUGCACUCCGCCUCGGUGUUCGUGAAAGAGUUCAAGAUGAAAAAGAAGGCGGAUAACAAUGAGGACAAGGAUGAUCCGGAAAUGAAAGAGAAACCCGAACCCAAAGUGUCCUGGAAAACGCUUGGGGCUACUCUAGACAUCCUGUUUUUCUUUAUGUUUAUCGUUCUGAAUAUUGCUAUCUAUAUGAUGUUCUUGGUCCCAUUAGCAAAUGCAGCAUGAACAUAAACAGCUGAAAAUCAGGACUUAUAAUAUAAAAAUCUAGUGAAUGAUAUACAUUUUACUAUAAUUCAUGUAAACAAUUUCUUGACAAAGUUUAUAAGAGCUUAGAUAAUUUUAUACGUCACAGAUGGGGUUUAUAAAAAAAUCCAGUUUCCAUGUUUUGUUUCAAAUAUAUUAAUAUUUAAAAUCAAGAAAACUCACGAUGCCAAUAAUUUAGAAAUGUACAACUUUGUGUGUUGCUUUUUGGGAGUUGAUUUUAAUCAACUCUCCUAUGCAGUUACUCAGACAAACCAAAAGUGAAACAGUGUUUGGACCUCAGCACAAAUCAUUGCUGCAGACAAGACUUAGUUCUUGAAAAUAAUUGAUAAAUUUGAUGUAAUGUAUGCGAAAGCAUUGUUUUUCAAGAAAACUUAUUUAUAAAUACCUUGAAAAUAGUAAGAUUUUAAAUGGUACGAACAAUUUAAAUAUUUUUUGUAGUCGUAUGUAUUCCUACGCUAGAGUUCAAUAUAGUCUUGUUCAACUCGACGCUCGGCUGUCUCCGUAAAUCCUUGUCGGAGAUUUACGGUGUCAGUCGAGCGUUUUGCUAGAGUUCAAUGUUGCUUGGAUUCAUACAAUUUUCGAGAAAUAUUUCUAUUACUGAUACAUAGUUUGAUUGAAUUAAUUUUAUCUUUAAAUAUUAUUUAACAUGAUUCAUAUGGGGGUUUCUCGACAUUCUUGUCGAAAAAGUCCAAAAAUGCAUAUUAUGAAAAUGUGCGUAAUUCAAAUUGGAAACUAUUAUAUGUACUUGUCAUGCAAAAUAACAUAUCAUUGAUUUUAAAAUGAAUAAA